AUGAUAUCCACCAAGGCCAAGAUCAAGAAGGAGCCAACACCCUUGGAGGAGUUGGAAGACAUCAAUUGUCCCCAAGCGAGACGACCGCCAGAUCCUGUGUCGCGGAGGCCGCCGUUCCUGGGCAAGGUCAGUCCGCGCCCUGGCCAUAUGAUUCCCGGGUCUCCCAUCCACCGCAUCGCGGUGGCAGACAAGAUGGCGUGGACAACACUGCAGGUGAUCUCCAAGGUGGUGGUGUAUCGGGACAGUCUGUGUGGUGCCACACUCGGUCUAGCGGACGAUCAAAUUGCCCAGUAA